ACCCAUGCAACAGAGAUGGUUCAGUUCCUUUACACGGGUCAAACAAGCCCAAUAUGGUGAACCAAACCACUGAGACUAACUCAAUUACAGAACAUGGCAUUCUGGUUUCUCCAGGUUGUGCGGCUAAUCCAGUUCUGAUUUCUGGCUCUUGUCAACUCUCUGUCCACCGUGAUCACGUGAUAAAUUCCAUUACUUCAAGUGCUAUGGAUAAUGGUCAUCUCACCCUCCACUACCCGGAAGUUGGCGCCAUUGAUGCUGCUGCCCUCCAGAAGGAACAAUGCCACGGCAUGGAAACAGUUUCAAGAAAAAAAGAGGGAUGAAGAAGGCUGCUGGUCGUGCAACUCUCAGCAAUAUUCUCCUAGACAAGCACCCUGAUGUGGUUUGUAUAGCUGAACCAAUGGUGGAGGUAGCUGCUUUCCCUUCUUUAUUUUUUAAUAAACUGGGAUAUGAUGCAUGCUUUAUUCAUAAUAUUCGCACUGAUAAAAACCCAAACCUAUGGGUCAUUUGGAAGAGGUCUCUCACCAAACCAACUAUUAUUUCCAUGUCUGACCAGUUUAUUUCACUGUGUAUAAAUUGGAGAAACAAUUCUAUUUACAUAACUUUUGUACAUGCGAGUUGUUUCCGAGCUUCUAGAAGAGAGCUAUGGAUGGCUCUUGCAGCGACUCCAAUUGGCUCCUCUCCUUGGCUUGUUACAGGUGACUUCAAUGCCUCCCUUUUUUCGUACGAAAAAAAGGGUCCGGGCGCCUUUAAUCUUGGGUCUGCGUCUGAGUUCAAUGCGGCUGUGGAUGCUUGCAACCUGAUUUCAGUUCCUUCUCAAGGGCAUAAAUUUACUUGGACGAAUAACAGGAAGCAUGGGAAUGUUUUGGCAAUUCUGGACAGGUCUUUUUGUAAUGAAGAAUGGAUAAACCACUUUCAUGACUGUUCCCAGGAGGUGAUGCAGCGGUUUUCUUCUGACCAUUCCCCCCUGUGCAUUACCUCGGAUUCAAUGAUGAAACCAGCAAAUUGCCCCUUCCGCAUCCAACGAUUUUGGAUGGACCAUGAGGAAUUUAUGGAUGUGGUCAAUAAAUCCUGGAGUGAACCUGUGGAUGGCUAUCCUAUUUUUUCUCUUGCUCUUAAGCUGAAACGCCUCAAGCCUAUUCUCAGAAGCUGGGCAAGAUCAGUGUUCCCAAACCUUGAUGCGGAAUUAAAAGCCGCAAAAGAUGAUCUUCAGCAAAUUCAAUCUCAGAUAGAUUACUAUGGUAUUGAUGACCAUCUUUUUAAUUUGGAAGCUGAUGCUAAAUCCAGAUACUUGAAAGCUCUCCUUGACCAUGAAAAGCUAUGGGCAGAAAAAGCAAGAAAUAGAUGGCUCUCUCAAGGAGACCGAAACUCUAGAUUUUUCCACUUAUCUGCGAAAAUCAGAAGGGUGAAGAACUCGAUUCGCUCUCUUCAAAAAACUGAUGGUACAAUUACAUCAAGCAUGGAUGAUUUGGCUGUUCAUGUUGAGGAGUACUAUAAGGCUAUCCAUAAAGCCAGCCCCACCCUUGACCAUGGAUCGCUAUUGGACUGCAUUCCCCAUAUCCUUGACGAGCUUGACGUUAGAGGAUUGGAAGCCAUCCCAAAUGAUCAAGAGAUCAAGAAUGCAAUUUGGGACCUGGACCCUGAUAGUUCUCCAGGCCCAGACGGUUACUCUGGUGCGUUCUUCAGACAUUGUUGGGAGCAAAUUGGUUUUGAUGUUUGCUGUGCUGUGAAGAAUUUCUUCAGCUCUGGAACCCUUCCUAAAGGUAUCAAUAAUAGCUUCUUGGUUCUCAUCCCGAAAAUGGAAGGUGCGACUUCUCUGGACAAGUUUAGGCCGAUUUGCAUGCAAAAUUUUUUCUGUAAAAUUUUGUCCAAGGUUAUGGCUACAAGACUCUCUUCUCUCCUCCCUAAGCUCAUUUCAGAAGAGCAAGGCGCCUUUCAGAAGGGCAAGGUUAUUCAGACUAAUAUCAGCCUCGCUUCAGAGUUAACUAAUCUCAUGUUUGAGUGUACAAGAGGUGGAGGUAUGGGGAUAAAAAUUGAUAUCCAGAAAGCCUUUGACACUGUAUCUUGGAGCUUUCUUUUCAAGGUAUUGAAAAAGUUUGGCUUCCCCGAUACUUGGAUUGAUUGGUUGCAUCAAAUUCUUCGUACAUCCAGAAUUUCAGUGUUGCUCAAUGGAGGUCCGGUUGGAUUCUUUGGUGUUGAGCGAGGCCUACGUCAGGGUGACCCCAUCUCCCCUCUUUUAUUUAUCCUUGCCGAAGAGGUCCUGUGUAGGGGAAUCCGCCUUAUGCUUCAAGACAAGAAACUACAAACCAUCAAGGGUCCUCGUGGUGUCCAAAUGCCAGGUUUUCUCCUCUUUGCAGACGAUAUUUUCUUCUUUUUAAAUGGCUCCAUCAAAUAUGUCAGACAUUUCCAUGACUUCCUUACAAAGUAUCAGCAGUUUUCUGGUCAACAAAUCAAUCUCAACAAAAGUAAACUUUUUCUGGGGAAUAUGUCUCUUGAUAGAAAGCAACUCAUCUCUGAUACCCUUGGAAUCUCCAUCUGCAAAUUCCCUACAAAAUAUCUGGGAGUGGAAAUUUUCAAGGGUAGAGUCACUCGGGAACCUCUCCUCCCGAGAUGGAUGAGGAAUUUCAUUUGGAGUGGCGAUCCUGAAACAGCCAAAGGAGUUACAGUUAGUUGGGACUCAAUCUGCAAGCCUAAACAAGAAGGAGGGCUGGGAAUUAGGCGUCUAAGGGAUGUCAAUAAAGCUUUUCUCUGUAAGCAGGUAUGGAAUAUAAGACACUCUACAUCAGCCCUGUCCAGCAUUAUUAAUGCUCGAUUUUUGAAGAAAAAUGGGGAGCUUAAGAAAGGGUAUAAAUCUUCCACCAUUUGGCCAGGCCUUCGAAGAAUGUGGUCUCUUGUCUCUAGCAAAGAGCGAUGGGUGGUGGGUAAUGGGGUCUCCAUAAACUGCUGGAAAGAUAGAUGGGUUGACUCUAAAUCUUUUCAACAAAAGGCAGGUUUGAGAGAUGAGUUGUUUGCAUCUUCCUCCAUGACAGUUGCGGCCUUUAUUGACAAUAAUGAGUGGAACUUCCCCACGGUUUCAUCUUCUCUUCUUCAAGAUUUUUUUCUCGCUGCUUCAACUAUCAAUAUCCCUAGAGGUAACAUAAAAGAUACAUGUAUUUGGAGCCUCUCUACCUCUGGUCAAUUCAGUACUUUCUCAGCCUGGAAUGAUAUUCGCCGCCGAAAUCCAAAGGUUCCUUGGCAUGAGCUGGUCUGGAUGAAAGGCCUCUCUCCUCGUCAGUCAACUUUUGGCUGGCGUCUGUGUCACCAGAAGCUUACUACUGAUGAUAUUAUUAGGAAAAAAGGCAUCUCUUUAGCCUCCAAAUGCAUCAUGUGCGGUCUUCAUGCUGAGACUCUGCCCCAUCUCUUCUUAAAUUGUAGUGUUUCUCGGGUCCUUUGGGAAAAUUUCUUGAACUGUUUUGGUUUUCUUUGGAAGGAUCAAUCCUCCAUUGCUGAUUUGAUAUCCUGGUGGAAACGAAAGCGAAGAAUUUUGUCGGUAAAGGAUCCUUGGGCGGCUGGUUUGAUUAUAGUGACCGACACUAUUUGGCAAGAAAGGAAUCAUCGACGGCAUGGUGGUAAGAGUUCGGAUGCCUCUCUGCUAUUCAUGAAAAUAUUGAGAACGCUCAAGGAGUCUAAUCUCAACUUAAAAGGGGUCAUUCGGACUACUGCUGAUCUUCUUUGCUGCAGGAAACUUGGGUUGCAUGCAGUUCCAGGCGACCCUCCUUCCAUUCUUGAAGUCAUUUGGUGCAAGCCUCCACUCGCCUGGUCAAAGAUAAACAUUGAUGGUAGUUCCAUGGGAAACCCUGGUCGAGCAGGAGGAGGGGGUGUCAUUCGAGAUUCCAAUGGGAAAGUUAUAUUCUCCUUCAAGCAUUUCUUUGGCAUCAGUACGAACUACUAUGCAGAAUUCAUGACUUUUCUUCAUGGUAUCCGCCAUGCAAUGGGUCAAAGGAUUACAAACUUGUGGAUUGAAUCUGACUCUGUGGCAGUAGUCAACUCUGUUCAAGAUUUGGAUGUGUUUGUGGAUAACGGUUUGGUGAGGUGCUAUGUGUUGUCAUCUAAUACUAGAGAUGCUCAAUAUUUGUUUGAAGAAACUUGUAAGGAAAAACUGAUAGCUAGUUUGGACUUUGAUGGCUGUCUAGAUUUGGGUGAAUGGAUUAUUGUCUUUAUAAUGGGAGUGAUCCUUGGCACGUUCAUGUUUGGCACAUUACGCCAAAAUAAAGCGAUUUUGAUGGCUCGAAGAUUGUUUGAUGAAAUGCUUUAA